AUGAAGUUUUGCGUUGCGCCGCUCCAUACAUUUUCGCCGAGGCCCUAUCAAAUUCUCCGUGCGAGUGUGCUUUUUGCGCUUGUCGUAAAGCUUCUCGCUCGUCUGAGAUGGAUCAACAGGCACGAGGGAUUGAAGGCGUACUUCUUGCACCUCGUGACACCUCACCUCAAGAAGUUGCCCAUGGUCCAGGCCAAGCUUCAGAAAGAAAUGAAGAAGACCAUGGCCGACAUGCGGGCCAAGUUUUCCGAGGAUCUGACUGACCCACGCACACAUUUGCCUGGCAAGGGCAUUGCGGAUCAGGAGAUCCUCCAGCUCAUCGACCAGCGCAAGCAGUUGGACACCAAACGCUGGACUGCCGGCAAGAUCACAGGUGCUGUGUAUCACGGUGGCCAGGAGCAUUACGACUUCAUCGGCCAAGUGUUUUCGAAGUGGGCUUUCUGUAACCCACUGCAUCCUGACUUGCAUCCGUCGCUGCGGCAGAUGGAUGCCGAGGUUGUGCAGAUGGUGGUUAACCUGUACAAUGGUGGCCCUGAUGCAUGUGGAGCUUUCACGACUGGAGGGACGGAGAGCAUCCUCAUGGCCAUGAAAGCAUACCGUGACUGGGGAGCUGCCCAGAAGGGCAUUGGGGAGCCGAACAUCGUAGUGUGCACUACGGCGCACGCGGCCUUUGACAAGGCAGGGAAGUACUUCAAGAUUUACGUGAAGAAGGCCAGAACUGACAAGGACAUGGCCGUGGACCUGAAGCACCUUGAAUCGCUCAUCGAUGGCAACACUGUCGCCAUCGUAGGGUCCUGCUGCCAGUAUGCGCAUGGGACCGUUGAUCCCAUUGAGAGCAUGGGCGAGAUCGCGCUGAAGUACAACAUUGGCCUCCACGUGGACUGCUGUUUGGGCGGGUUCCUGGUUCCUUUCAUGAAGCAGGCGGGCUAUCCUCUUCCUCCAUUUGACUUCCGCGUUCCAGGGGUUACAACAAUCUCAUGCGAUCCUCACAAGUAUGGUUUCGCUCCAAAAGGAAGCUCAGUAGUCAUGUUCUCGAACAGGGAGCUGCGUCACUACAUGUACUGCUACCUGACCGACUGGUCCGGGGGUAUAUAUGCAACUCCCACUAUGACAGGCUCCCGACCUGGUGGCCCCGUCGCAGCAACAUGGGCUGCCAUGUGCAGGUUUGGGGUGGAGGGAUAUGUGGAGACCACUCGCCAGAUUGUGGGUGCUACAAGGCAAAUUGCUGAAGGCAUCAAGAAGAUUCGUGGGAUUCAUGUGGUCGGGCGAGCAGAGGUGUGCGUGGUAGCCUUCAAUGCUAACUCUGAUGCAGGCUUCAGCUGCUAUGCGGUGGCUGACUGCAUGAAGCAGAAGUAUGGUUGGGAGCUAGCCACGUGCCAGAAUCCUGCCUGCGUUCACCUUGCUGUGACUCUUCCCUCCGCCAAAAAUGCUGGGCAAUUCCUGGCUGAUUUGGAGGCGUCGGUGCAAACGGCUCGCGAAGAUCCGUCAAAGUUCACGUCUACUGCCGGCAUGUACGGAUGCAAGCGUGGCAGGGACAACUUGGCGCAUGGAUACGGCACCUACGUCCACCAAAAUGGCACUGUCUACCAAGGCUCCUCUGACGAAGGAAUUUACAUCGGUGUCGAUGAGCGCGAGUACAGAGGGAGAUGGUUGGCCUCAACCAUGAACGGAUGUGGCCGAUACAAGUGGGCGGAUGGUCGCUGCUACCAGGGCCAAUAUGCCCGUGACCAGAAGGAUGGCUUUGGCAUCUUCAAGUGGGCAGAUGGCCGACGGUACGAGGGCUACUGGAGCAAAGGCCGACAGCACGGCGUCGGCCGCCUGUGUAAUUCACAAGGCAACCACCGGUUGGCCUUGUGGGAGAAUGGGGAACGGAAAGAAUGGCUGGAGGAUGAGCAAAAUGGCUCCGACGCAAAAUUUCAGGCGACUCUGAAGCGAUAG